CCGUGUUAGGCCAGCCGCUGCUGUUUCCGGCCGGCAUGGUGGGGCUGAUGCCGCCGCCGCCGCCGCCGCCCAGCGCCCAUCUUCGACAUGUAGCGCCGCCGUACUUCCUGCCGGGUCUGGGCAGUCCGCUGCUGCAGGGCGGGUUCGCCGGUGGACAACUGGUGCCACCCGUCUCGGUGGCCGGCUCGCUGAUGCUGCCGCCGCAGCCGGUGGCCAUGUUGCCGCCGCCGCCGCCGCUGGCCGCCGCCGACCCCGUCACGCAGAUGAGCGACGAACUGCAGAGCACCAUCUCCUCGCUGAUGAGCAAGGCACAGGGUCUGAACCAGCUGCUGGCGCUGGUCAACGGUCAGAAGGCGGCAGCGGCGGCGGCCGCCGCAGCUGCCGCGCCCAUGCCGCCCACGCCGCCUGCCGACGACUCGUCGCAGUACGUGAGCUCCCUGCUGCAGGCGCUCCAGAGUGCUCAGGCGGCGUCGGCGUCGGCGGGUGCCGCCGCCGUGUCGGCCGCCUCGCCCGUGUUCAGCAUGCCUAGCCCGCUGGGCGGCUCGCCGGUCACGCCGCAGGGCCAGAAGCGCAAGUACCAUCACCUGUUGCCGUCGCCCGAGCCGUCCCCGGAGACGGACUUCGUCGGCCAGCACUCGCAGGGGCUCGGCGGCCACUACGCCGAGACCUAUCUCAAACGCAAACGCUACUAGCAGCGCCAACGCGCCGAGCCGGGCUCGUCGCCCCGGUCCGGUCCGGUCCGGCCCGCGGCUGGCGGCGCUGCUCUGUCGGGGCGCGGGCCGCGCCGCACCAGGCACGCCGCGUCCAAUCUUCUGUCUCUGUCCGUGUGGCGACUCGACUGUUUGUUUGUCCCCUGUCCCUCGCGUCGCACGACGACCCGCGGCAAACUGGACGGCCCGUGCGACCGCCAUCUUAAUCGGGUGCCUUUGGGAAGAAGCUUUCACGAGAUUAACUUCCGUCUUCGCGCUGUCGUCACGUCGCACACACAAAGCCGGGCGAGUUUGCUGUCAGGUGAUAGCGGGUUUGGGAACGCCGUGUCCGACUCGUUUUAAAUCGGUGGUCGCGACCGAAGGCUCUAUUUUGUACAUAUGCCUGGGUUGGCGGCGGGCAAGUGGUACCUGCAACGCGGCAAUUACCAGUCUCACUGGCUCCUCUCUGUGUGCAUCCGUUUUGUUACGUAGCCCUUGGGCAUUUUACUUGGCUGCUUGUUUGCUCGGACUUUGCCGUCUCUGUUGGACGACAGUGUGUUGACGCAGGUGUACAUGCAUGAUCUCAUCCGGCGAGGUGGGUGAAAAUUCGGCGCUGGGCAUUUGGCCGGGGCAGAGCGCGUCUGGCCGUUGGGUGUGCGCCGCCGCCAUCAACCGAGGACCAAGCGCCCGUCGUCUGGGCGCCACACCCCGCUGUGACUCCGGCUUCCGGAGCGGGCUGCGCGCAGGCCGGCCCGCCCCACUCACUCGCGAGAUCAAACCCCACUUCAUACGCACGCCAACGGACCGCGCUCUGCGUACGUGUGCUUAUGUGUGUAUGUGUGCGUGCGUGUGUGCGCGGUCGGGAGAGCGAGGUGUACCGUUUUACCCAGCGUGGCCAUUUUUGUACGAGCGCAGCGUUGAACUGCGCGCGCGCGCUGUCUCGUGCUGACGUCCAGGGCGGUGCCGGCCGCCGCGCCGCUCUAGCUGUUGUCCGUUCCGCACUGUCCCACCCGGCGUGCCAAUAUAUAUAUACUCAGCCCCCGCC